UGUAUGUAUACGUGAACGUAUAGAGGGGGAUGGAACAGCACGUCUGCGCGAUGUGAAGCAAGGGGUGGGAGAGAGCAAGAGAGUCUCUUUAGCGGGGACCCGACGUGCUUUUCUACCCUCGACGACGACAGUCCUGCCGCACCACCAAAACGUGCCACAUAAUCAUCGGCCAGAUCCUUAUCAUGCGAUGUCGUUGCCGAGCCCGAGACUUCGACAUUACAGGACCAUGACAGCGAUCUGCUUCGUGUGUAACCUGCCGAUCCUGAGUCACCAGGUCGGAUUAAUAUGGCAAGGAGGAAAUGGCUGGGACGAUCUCAUGCGAGAACAGGUGGAGGAGACUACUCUGAGACAAAGAUUAGGUACAGGAAGAAGAGAUUCAGCGACACAGAUCACGUCGAUCUCACCGCCGAACGAGAUCCAAGAAUCAUCCCCUACGAAUCAACGAAGGAGACGAUCAAGUUUGGCUCAAUUAACGGAUAUAAUAAGAGAAUGGGGUGGUGGUGGAACAGGUGGAAAGAGCGGACGUGGUAGUAAGCUAUAUCGUAGAGAAACAUUAGCUGAUAUAGCUAAAUCAUUACCGUGGUCAAGACAGACAACAUCGGACGCCAGUCAUCUGGCCAGUUUGAGAAAAAAACGUGAAAAUUCAGAGGACAGCGGUAUAAGAAGUCAAGCUUCGACGAGAUCUAGAAAAGAUUCAACGAUAAGUGAUUUUAAAAGUGAUCUAGCCAGAUUAUGGAGUAAGAGAGAUGUUCAACCACAACAACCACCAACUGUUAUCUCACCAACACCAAGACGAGGUUCGGGUGAAAGUGCAAGAUCGAGAAGGGAUUCUAUUAUAGCCGGACAAAUUCCUAGUCCAGGCGAGCGAAAGCACAAUUGCCGUCAUCACAGACGUCGACAAUCUCAACAAUCGCAGCAAUCGGUCGAAGGUGUCGGCGUCACGCCUACUAAAUAUUAUAUCAAUGAUCAAAGACCGAGUGCUUCCAGCACUGAUAGCGGUGCCAGUAAUAUUGCUAGAGAUCACACAGAUACGCGUAGAAAUUCAACGGACAAGAGCGAAAGGUCGAGCAGUUUCGAAUCGAAAAGUCAAAUACCAAUGCUAUCGACGGAAACAAAGGCGGCAACACCUACUACAUCAGGCAUGACUAUCGAUGGUAAAGCUAUGACUAGUACUGCGACAGAAACUAAAAUAUCCAGCGUUACUACAGGAACAACUAUGUCGAGUACUUUGACCGUCAAUGCGAGACCAUCGUCAGAAGUUAAGACUCUUACUUUGGAACCAUCAGUCAAUACUCCAGCCAUUAUAAUGUCCUCUGUAACACCACCGACUGUUUCACCUGUAACUGGAAAUAGUCUCCCACUUCCUGGCACUUCGACCACCGGUAGUUCCAGUCCAGUUGGAUCACCGAGCGUCAAUGCAGCACAUCCCUUGUUAGCUACUCGAAGAGAUUCCACCACGCAAUGUUAUUACAAAGGAAAAGAAGCGUCGCCGAAUAAAUUAUCAAAAUUAACGCGGCAGGCAGCGGCAAUAGACGAAUCCGUGCCUCCUGUUGGACGACGUGGUAGUCAACCAACGUUAUCACCUGAUCCAGAUGACGGUGGACGAAAGGCACGCAGGGAUUCGCUCAGUCCGGAUUCCGCGUCUUAUCCAAGACGUCGCGAUUCGAAGAGUCAUUUGAGUCCCGAUAGAACGGUCGAUAAAAGAGAUAUCAGUCCAAGUAGACAGAAAAAAGCUCAAUUGAGAAGACAGUCAACUUCAUAUGCUCAACCACAAAGAUCACCGAGUGGAUCAUCCUGUUCGUCGAGAGAUCCAAGCCCUUGUGCGCGUGCACCACUUCAACAUUCUCAAACAAUGCGAAGACAAUCUACUACAACCGAAGAGAUCCUAAUAGCACGUGGAUUUCGACGACAAAGUACAACCGAAGAGAUGAUUAGAUGUCGAAAUUUUCGUAGGCAGAGUUCCCAGAACGAGGACACGGUGGGUCAUCCUUACCAAGUACAAAGAUAUCGAGGACGAAGAGAUAGUUCAGCACAAAUCACCGACGGAACUUUUGCUACAAUGACGGUCGAGACCUCGAGCACUUUUUUCGAUAGCAGCACUCAGACUGAACCGUCGUCGUUGUACGACAACAACCACUACCACGAGGAGUGCCUAAAAUGUAACAGCUGCGGCGUCAAUCUGACGGGAAUCAAUCAGAAAAGGGCGAGGCGAUUCAAAAAUCAGAUACUUUGCGAUCUGCACUUUGCCGACGUGGCGCUGAUGGAGUGCUCGGACUUCAUGCAGCUGUUGCGCAGCUUCAAGCCACACAGUUUAGGCAACGCGGUUGCCAGAAGAAAAUCUUCUAACACAUUGAUCUUCCUUUUGCCAUCUCAGGCUUGUUCAGAUGAAUUCUGUCAGGAGUAUCCGCACAACUUUAUACCAGCGCCUGGUUAUUGGAUCGAAUGCUCGAGGCAACAGAUCACUACUGAUCUUAGCAACGAAAGAAGUGUCAGGGAUGGUAUAGAUCCUGAUGAAAUCGAGGUCAAUCAAUUUUCCUUGUCCGAGGAAAGGGAAUUCGAGACGAACGACGUCCAGAAAAAGAAAACUGCGAUCGAGGAACAAUGGGAAAAGUAUCAAUGUUUCGAAUUGACAUCGGUCGAGCAAGAAACAUAUGAGAAGUACUUUUACGCUUCAGAACAUUGGAAUUAUUUCACCAACGACGAAGAUCUUGGACCUGUUAUACUCAGUAUCAAACAGGAGACGCUCAAUGGACGUGAUCAAUUUAGGAUACUCGUAAGGGCUAUCAGUUAUACGGUACAUGGACUUAUACCAGCCAGCUGUGUCUUCGCUGAUCGGUACAAUCGAGAAGAGGUUGUACGUAGUCUUGGUAAAGAGGUGAACAUCAAUCCACCGUUGACGCUUGGCCAAUUGCCGGACACCCCAGAGGAACUUCUCAAGCUCGAUCAAGCUUUUAUCAAGUCCGAGGUGAAAGUUGGAGUGAUAUAUGUGAGAGAGGAACAAUGUACCGAAGAGGAGAUACUUGAUAACAACGAAAAUUCACCGCUUUUCGAAGAAUUCCUUCAGAUACUUGGUGAUAAGGUCAGAUUAAAGGGAUUUGACAAGUACAAAGGUGGCCUUGAUACAGUUCACAAUUUAACUGGCAUUUAUUCGGUCUAUACUAAUUGGCGAGGCAUUGAAAUCAUGUUCCAUGUGUCGACCCUAUUGCCCUACGAGAAACACGAUACGCAAAAGCUUCAAAGGAAAAGACACAUUGGCAACGACAUUGUCUGCGUUGUAUUUCUGGAAGCUGAUAAAACAAGAUUCAAUCCUGCCUGUAUAAAGUCACAUUUCUUGCACACAUUUAUAUUGGUACGCGUGAGUCCUGCUGCUCAAACUAAAAGCCCUCAAAAAGAGAUUACCAAAUAUGAGGUAUCGGUGGUAACCAGAGAUGAAGUCGGAGCGUACAAACCUUAUCUGUGGGAACAGAGUGUCUUUGAAAAAGGUCCGAUGUUCCGGGAAUGGAUAUUAACAAAAAUUGUUAACGGCGAAAGGGCGAGUUAUUCGGCACCAAAAUUUGCGAGAAUGCAAGAAAGAACAAGAAGCCAAAUGAUGGAGGAUAUUGUCACUAAUUUGAUCAAUCACGCGGAAACAGGACAAAUUCCAAAACCAUAUAGACGAGGAUCCUGGAGACCGAUUGGACAUAUGAGACCAUUUUCACCCCUCUUAGAUUCAGUUCGUGAUAAAUUCGAGGAUUACGAUCAGCUGGCCAAAGAUUUCACUAAAGUAUUUUUAAACAAUACUGAAAAUGUUUCUUUGAAUGCCAAUCUCUUCGACGUAUCCUUCCUUGUACCUGGUCAACAGAAACAAAAGGUCCGAUUUAUUGGAGUUAGAGCUAUCUUGGCUGUCAGAAGCAGGGUCUUUCAAGAAAUGUUAUAUGGGAUUCAAGCAGGUUUUGGAAGUCCUCAAGUGCCAGUCGCCGAAUUGUUAGCUAGACCAGCACCUACAUUGCUUAGUCCACAAAAACCAAAGAGUUCUAAUUUUCUACAAGUUCCCGACAUGGAAAGUCCUAGGCCCAAAAGUGUGCCCUCAUCACCGAUGGUGAAACGUGCCAUCUCGAGACUUGGAACCUUAACUGCCGGUUGGGGAAGAAGCAUCAGGAAACACGGAAGUAAUACAUUGCAGAGCGAGGAUCGUAAACGAUGGGCCAGUUCACAGGAUUGCAGUAAUAAAGACGCAAAGGAUAAGGAUAAGGCCGCUGAAUAUUUGGCUGUACCAAGGCUCAGCGUUUAUGCUGACGCACAAAAGGUCGAUCGUGCAAAACUUGCCCAAACCGAGUUCGACGUGAUCGAGUUCGAUCCGGAAACCUUCAGAAUCUUAUUGGACUAUCUACAUACUGGCUCUUGUCCUUUGACCUGCAGCAAUAUACCAGGUCUGAUAUGCGCGGCCGAACACUAUGAUUUGCCAGAAUUACUUCAAGCUUGUUUCCAUCACGCUAAACAAUAUCUACGUAUCGAGAUAGUCUGCGUGAUGUUAUGCGCCCUUGAAAAUUAUUAUUGGCGUUAUACAUCGGCGAACGAUUUGAUCGACAUGAUAUUGGCUUUCGUUAAGACAAGAGCUUAUCAACUCUUUCAAAAUCCAGACUUCCUAACAUUGAGCGAGUCGAUGGUACAAACGAUAAUGUCAAGCCGUCCCGAGGUCGCGGAGAUAAAAAAAUUCGAGGCCAUGUUGAAAUGGGCGAAUCAUAGGAUCAAAACGAAACCAACUAAGCUCGAUCCUAAAGUUGAAUUUAAAUGUAUCAUGGAGAGAUUAUGCAACGAUAUCAAUUUGUAUAGAAUACCUCCUCAAGAAUUGGUUAGGAUCGUUUUACCAUCAAAGGCCAUUGAAAAUGAAUUGAUCUUGAAGACGUUAAUGGUCCAAGCGAAAUCGGGAAUCUAUCGUAAUGUUGACAGUUAUCUAGAAGCUUAUCAAGAGAACAUUCAGAAUCAAGAGAGUUUUGAUUACUAGCCAAGGGCUCGUGGUAGAUCGUCGAGUGAGCGACGUCGUGACAGAUUCACGGAGGAUUUACUCAAAUAGAUUGCUGUCUGAAGAGAGAGAGAGAGAGAGAGAGAAAGAGAAAGAGAAAGAGAAAGAGAGAGAGAAAGGAAGAGAGAGAUAGAGAUAGAGAUAGAGAGAGAAUAAUAAUACCUAUGAUUCGAUAUCAAGCUGACAGGCCUUCUACUAGAGAAAUCGUGACCUCUCUCUCUCCUGGCGUAACUUAUGAUUAGAAACAUGCUACCAUGCUACUUGAUGCGUGGGAGUUGCACUAAUUAUACCUUCGCCAACUCUGACAAGCGUUGUGAUUGAUCAUCUGAAAUCGAAUAAGCUCGCACGUCGUCUACCAUGUUAAUCACUAAGAGAAUAUCGGACUAUGAACAUUAAUUAUUAUUACGAUCCACGUAGUAUGUGUAUGUGUACGUGUCGUAUGUUUCGUAUAUACGAUAAUCAAUAUUUUCUCAUGUGCACGUAUUAAAUCGAUCAAAAUCAUUGAAAUAUAUAUAAUAUAAUCGUUAAGACUUUUUAUCGACGGAUCUACGAAGAUAACUAAAGUGAAUACGACGAAACGUUGAGAUAAAUUAAUCUGCGAAAAAUAAGAAGUGUUUCGUGAGUUCGAUUGCGAUUGAGGAGGAUAGAUAAAAAAAAAAAAAAAGAAAAGAAAAAGAAAAAGAAAGAAAGAAAGGAAGGAAGAAAAAUACCCCCCCACCUCCCGUUUCCCUAAAAAAAAAAAAAAAAAGAGAGAAAAGAAAAAAAAUUCCUUCGUCUCAUAAUUGAACUAUCAUUGUCACAGAAAGAGAGAAAAAGAAAGAAAGAAAAAAAGAAAGAAAGAAAGAAAGAAAGAAAGAAAGAAAGAAAGAAAGAAAUAAAGA